AUGGAGAUUGAUCCAGGACUUAAACAGGAACCUCCUGGCUCAGAUCACUCAGAACAUAGCACCGUCACCUCACCACCGCCGGCAAUCAAUCCUGGUACCGCGAGCUUAAUACCGCUCGAAGGAGACGAUUCUCUUACAUUAUUGCCAGAGGUCCAAGCAACCGGAAGGCCAGCUGGGUCAAGAAGACCAUUUCAGAGAAGAAGGAGGAGUAGAGCCUGUGAUGCUUGUCGAGCUCGAAAAACGAAGUGUGAUACUCCUGAUCAUGGUCCUUGUUCUGCGUGCGUGUCUGCCAGCUUGGUCUGUAAAUUCUCGGGGGGCGAGGAUCGAAGGCGAGCUGGACCUGCGAGGCGUGUAAGAGCUCUAGAAAGCACGGUCCAAGAGCUAACUCGCAAACUCGCCGAGGCCGAGAAUAAACUUCAACACAUUGCUCUCUCUGGUAGUGAGGCUGGAUCUACAGAGAAGCCUCCGCAUUCACCUAUAAGCUCCGAAUUUAGUAUUACCAGUCCACGUUUCAGAGGCUCUUCAUCAACCCAUGAACGCCAACCAUCCCGCAGCUCUCCGAAGAACGAUGCCUAUGGCGAACCAGGUUAUUGUGGGGCACGCAAGGAUCAAAGCAGACACGAGUUGUAUCAAAAUGAUGGAACUUCGUGGGAUCAUCAUAUCUUCGGUCCGAGCUCAUGUCCGAGCUUUCUGCACUCCUAUAAUGACUAUCUUUCUCGUCUUGGUUACAGGCCGCCCCCGGCGUCAAAUCCCACGAUGAAUACAGGGGGGCCGCCAUCCCCAAAUCCGAAUACACGGAUACCAAACCCGUCGGUACCGAAUAAAUAUCUUCCCUUCGACUUACGAGCCCUACUUCCUCCACUUAAAUUGGCAAAGCAGAUGUUUGAGGUAUUUCGGACAACGGUGCAGAAUUACACGCCGAUAUUUUAUUGGCCAGCUUUGGAAAAAAAGAUUGAGAGGGCAUGGAAACUUCCCAUAUGGGAUGGGGAUAAUGAGGCGGUGAGAAGUGUUUUUUGUGUGAUUAUGAUGUUGCUAGCGGUAGCAAAUCAAUUUAUCGAACCUGGAGAGCUAGACGAGCCGGAGGGUGGAGAUUGGGCACAUGUGCAGGAAAGGAACGGAUGGAUGUUCUUUGAAUUUGGACGAAAAUAUUCGAAUCUGAACAAUCCCGAUUACACCAUCGACGACGCCAUAUAUCUCUUACUCAUGGCUUUCUACCUCGAUAAAGCCUUUCUUCCAUCCCCUUGCUGGAUGAUAACAGGUGCUAUGGCUCGUGUGUGUCAGGAUAUUGGCAUUUAUCGCCGUACUCCAAGUGGGCUCUAUAAUGACGUUGAAAUUGAAUGUCGGACUCGUCUUUUCUGGGUUGCAUAUAUCCAAGACCGGAAGAUUUCGAUGAAACUUGGCCGACCCGUAAUAUUUCUCGAUCAACAUAUCGAUGUCGGUCUUCCGGGACUUUCUGGUAACAAGGGAGGAGAGAGUAACCGGGGGGACGAUAACCAAGGCACUCAAGGCGGCCAAGACAAUCAAGGCCCAUCAAGAUCCCCUGGAGUAACCAAUAUGAUAGAUCGUCAAGACGAUUUCAACGACGAAGAAACGGAAACAUCCUUGCAGGUGUUUAAAGCAACAAUCUAUAUCGCUAAGGCCAGUGAAAAUUUGUUGAAUAUUGAAUUGAAGCAAAAUGGCGGUGAGGAGGAUGUCAAACAUUUGCAGAACAUAGACGAAAUGUUGAAGAAGGCGUGGGAGGUUUUUCCAGCGGAAAUGACAGAUCUGAGGAGAUCAGAUGUUCUCGACCUCCCUGCAGUAAGACCAUUAUUUCAUCUUCAACACUCACGUAUCAUUCUUUACCGCUAUUUUACCGACUUUACGGGCACCCCUUCCCUUCUUCGUGAGUUUCGGACUUUCUGUCUCGCUCAGUCAAUUCAGGUUGCCAAAAUUACAGCUCAUAUAUUAUCUCGAGUGAUCAAAAACCCCGAGUUUGAUCGUAUUUUUGGUCUCCGAACUGAUGAACUCGUCCUUAUUCAUACGUUCCGUGCAGCGACAGUUCUGCUUCUUGGUCAUUACUGCAAUGACCGCUCUCUACUUGAUGUUACCGCUGAUGAAGUAGGCGUUUGUGCAAGAGCAUUGAAGAGUGCUGCAAGAAGCCACUCUCUGGGUCAAAAAUUGCUGGAAUUGUUCCAAAACUUCGCAAAAAUGUUCGGCUACCAAACUGGAGUCACGGGAGAGCUUUCUCACCCAAUCCCGGAAGCAAGCGAAGAUACCAUCGACGAAAAAGCCGAAGAGAUUCAUGGUGUAUCAACACCAAAAGGCCCGUGGGAUAAUGUUGAAUCCAGCAGCGCCAUCGCGACUCCACAGUACAAUAAUGCUGUAUACUGCGGAUAUCAUGCCCUCCAAGGUAACACACCCCGCUGGAUACCGACCACCAAUAUCUCUCUCGUCCCAACGUACCAGCAACUGCUGCACUCAAGUCAACCUGUAACCCAGCCUCCUCCACUACAACACCCACAUCCACUUCCACACCCACUUCCACAACCACAAUCACAGGAACAUCACCAGACGCAUUCUGGCCUGAUAUUCGUGGACCCGGGUAUGGGAGGCGGAGGUUUACCGACUGCCGUUGAGGAAAAUCCACAGGGAUCCAUUCCAGACCAACAAUCACCGAUGCCGCAUCAAAUUGAUUGGGAUGUGUAUCAGCAGAUGUUGACUUUUGAUCCAAAUUUCGAGGUAUAUAUGGGAGGACCUAGCCAUAGGCACUUUUUAUAUGAUAGAGGGGAGUAA